CAUCAUCUCGUCGACUCAGCCUCCCGCGUCUUCCGUCUCCUCAUGCCUUCAUCUCUAGGCCCGCAGAUCUCUCCGGUCUCAUACUGAGCACACGCGAUAUCCGCUGUUGAGCCCACAGGUAACAACGUAUGGCAGACUCAGACACACAGGGCGAGAAACAGUGUCGGAUAUGUUUCGAGGGCGAGGACCCGCAGCUCGGACGACUCAUUCGGCCUUGUCUAUGCAAGGGGACUAUAAGCCAUGUGCAUGUCAAAUGCCUCCAACGGUGGCGGAACGCAGCCGCCAGCCAGAGCGCAUUCUAUUCGUGUCCUCAAUGCGGGUAUAGGUACCACUUUGCCCGUACUCGAGUGGUAGGCAUUGCUACAAAUCCAGUCGUCAUCGCCGCGAUGUCUACCCUUCUAUUCACCAUUAUCGUGCUAUGCAGUUCCUUCGUCACGACUUCACUGUUGUCCGACGAUGGAGACUCGACGGUCUUCUUCUAUGGCUUCUACAAUCCUCUCGAGGUCGUCCAGAACCUCGUCAGAGCGACCGUCAGCAUCUUUGUCGACGACAGGCUGCUUGAUGAGGCAGUCCUCCAGGGUUCGCGGAGCAAAGCCCGGCCCAUUCAGAUCCGCACACCCGCGAAGCCUCCACGAUUGAUUCGACGCCUUGUGCGUCGCUUCCUGCUUGGUCUGCCCGUUGUUGGUGCGGGUUCCAUCGCACACAUGCUGCUCUCUGUCCCCUUGCCAUUCCACUGGCUGCGCCUCAGAGGUUACACUCGGAAUCGCGACUCGCGCGACAUGAUGAUGCUCCUGAUACUAGCUGUAGUUCUGAUGGGCGCCGCGAGAGCGCUGUACAAGGUGUACAAGCUUACAGAGAAGUAUGUCAAGCAGCUUCUCUUGCGCGCGGAGGACGUGAUCCUUGAGGUCAACUGAAACGAUGUACAUUGACUCAAACC